CUUGGAGCCGAGGCCAGACUGAUCGCAAGGCCAGCCGAGGACGCCCUGCAAAGGUCCUGGCCAGUUCUCUGCUGCCAGCGCACGACUGCUAACCCACCCAUCUGGGGAGUGGUCAUGGCCUCUCUUGCGACCAGCGUCGGCGCCGAGCCGAGCGUCCGCUUCGCGAUCGACUACGCCGAGGAGCAGCCGAAGAUCAGCGACGCGUGCAAGAAUUUCCUGGCCUACCGUAUCGCGCAAGCGAAGACGGACGCCAACACGUCACAGGCCGACGCGGACCGCGCGGCGCGCCUGACCAUGCUCUGCGGCCGGAAAGCGAUGCGCGCGGUCAACGCGGCCGCGCCCGCCACGGGCGACGCCGCGGCUGCCUACGCGGCCAAGGAAGACGCCCUGGCGACGCGAAGCUUCGGCAAGUCGUACCUGUGCGACCCCGUCGUCGCCGCGGCCGUGCGCGCGGUCCCGGCGGACCCCGCGAUGGACGGCGCGGACACGGAGUUCCUCGAGGCGUUCCUCGCGACGGCCGGCGACGCCUCCGACGAUCUGACCUGGGCUCCAGAUUACGCGCAGGUGUUGCGCGCGCGCGACGCGGCGCGGCGCCGCGAAGCGGCGAGGCGUGCGCCAGUGCGGAUCGAGGCGCGGCAUGCGGGGGGGGCGCCGUCGCGGCCGCUGCCGGCGCUGGCC